CAGACACGUCCCAGCAGAUCGCAGAUUCUCGUCACGGACGGACCUCUACUUGAUCACAACAGAUCAAAUUUUCCCGUAAGAGUCACGACUUGGUUUCUGUCUCGGUCUACGACUCCUGCUCAGUUCUUCAUCCAUCACAUUUGAUCAGAAUUAGGCUUUUAAUCCGUCAACUCUGAGGAGAUUGAGCACACGUACCUCCACACUGGUCAGGACGUACAUCACAUCAAGGUUCACGAGGCUACAAGGAUCUACAAUGGUACCAGGCGUCAACAUCGUCCUCCUGGGGAUGACCGGCACCGGAAAGAGCGCCAGUGCAAAUGCCAUUCUGGGAAGGGACCGGUUCCCGUCCAGGGCCAGCUCGAUGCCGGUCACCACGGAGGUGCAGAGGGCAGAAACGGAGGUGAAGGGCAUCUGCAUGCAGGUCAUCGACACUCCAGACAUGUUCGACGAGGACAUGCAACCAUCACUUAGGGCCAAACUGGUGGAGGACUGCAAACGGGUUUGCGGGUCGGGGUCGUGCGUGUACUUGCUCGUGAUGCACGUCAGCAGAUUCACGGACGGCGAGAGAGACAUUCUGACAAAGAUGGAGAGGGCUUUUGGCCGCCACGUGAGCGAGCGGACCGUCGUCCUGUUCACCCGCGGAGAAGACCUGCGCCGCGCGGGCUUGAGCUUGGACGACUUCCUGCGCUCCAGCCAUCCCGGUCUGCAGAAAAUAGUCCAAAAGUGUGGCAACAGAUGUGUCCUGUUUGAGAAGAGCAGGUCAAACCAAAGUCAAGUGGAAGAGCUGCUGGAGACGGUGAGCGGGAUGAUGAAGAGGGAGAGGGUCAGCACUAAUUCAGAGGAAGGGAAGAUGGGAUGGUGGCCCGGCCUUAUUACGCGUCUGAUAGAUUUAAUCGGAGGGGAACCUUGGCCUGCUGACGCAGGGAACUUUACCCCAAGGUCCUCCCAGAUGGAAAAGCCCUGCGGUUUGGCUUUGUGAAUCAUGGCCACGGUAACCAUGAAAAAUUAUUAUUUUUAUUAUAACACAAGCUGUGACAAUCCACCUUUCAAUAAUCAUGACUACCUCAUACUGCUGCACCUUUCACUUAAAAAAAUAAUAAUUGUAUAUAUGCUAAUAAAAGCUGUCAUUUGUCUAUUGCCUAUUUACUGUACAGUGAGCGAAAAUAACCAAGUCAAAUUCCAUGUCUUGUCUGACCUGACUUGGCCAAAUAAACAUGAUUCUGAUUCUGA